AUGGCGGAUCCUUUGAGUAUUACUGCCUCGUUGCUGGCUGUAGUCACAGCUGCCGUGCAGUCAACCCAAUCGCUUUACGAAACCGUCACACGCUUCAAAGAGCGCGACAAAACUUUGCGAAGACUCCAAGAUGAGCUUAGGGAUCUCAACAUUAUUCUGGACUCAUUGGCGCCAGUGGUCAAUGCAGAGCAGUCACUGCUCACGCUUCUCCAAGGUCCUGUCGAACGAUGCAGCCAAGUAUGCAGCGAAUUCGAGCAGUCGAUGAAAGUUUUCGGCGGGAAAUCAAAGAUGGGCUUACGAGACUGGACGAAGAUGGAAUUCAUGAGAGGAAGUAUAAACGAAUUUAUAGACACUGUUGCAGGUUACAAGUCGACGAUCACGGUCGCUCUAGGCGUCAUCACCAUGCUAGUCCUCCAAGAAUACAACGAGAUGGUGCAGGAUACUACAUAUAAUCUCGAGCUUCAUCUACGGCGAAUUGACGAGAAGAUAACGAGUUUGACCUUCGAGAAUGCGACUACAUCAGGCAUCAGUAUAGACUUGAAAGACGAAAGAGAAGUGACCAAGCAAUGCCUGCGUAUUUGUGAGGAUGCAAAGUGUUACAUUGAAUCACUGUCCGAGCGAGAACCGGCUCUGAUACCAGAGACGCCUCAAAAUGCUGCUGAAGAAAAUUCAUUCGAGGCGCAAUCGCGAACACGUAAAGCUCUGGAAGACAAUCGAGACAGCUUCUCAAAGACUAUCGACUAUCUUCGGAAACGUCUGGAUCUUCUAAUCCAGGAUGACGGCCCUGAAAAGGAACGGGAGAGAUCCCAAUUGCAGGCAGAUAUCACUAUUUCAAAGCAAUGCCUAGAAGUUUGCAAGAUGGCGGAUGAGAUUUCACGGCAAAAGGUGUACAAAAUUGGCGAAGUGAUUGCCGAAGGUGACAGCGAUCAAGUAGUGGUGACUACUUUAGCUGAUUUAUUCGACAUCAAGAAAGCGCUGUCUAAGGAUGGUUCGGCGCAGUUGGUUGGCUCAAUGACGGCAGAGAAUCUCCAAUAUCUCACCGAAAAGCGGUACAACAGUCGUUUCGGAGCCUCCCCCGGUCACCUCGACCCUGCUGGAGCAGGCUUUACCAAGUCGCCUAGAUCCUUCGAGAUUCAGAAGAGUAAGCCUGUUAUUCCGCCUGAAACUGGAAAUCACGAGCAGGGUCCUGGGCCGAAAACGAGGUCAGAUAGGCCGUCACCGAACGAGAUGAGAAAACGUCUCAUGGACGGGACUUAG